GUUCUUACCAAAACACACAGCUGCUAAGCGGUUUGUUCUACCAUUUCCCAGCAGCUACAUGUUCGAGUACGAGUUUGAUGAUCCCGUAAAUGACCAAGGAUACACCAUUGAAAAUCCAGGUGCAACAGUGACACGAGCAGAAGGUGCACCGGUGUUUGUAGAGGGAGAUUUGAACGGUGCAUCGGAUGCGCUUGAAAUAAUCUCAGCCAACCCAAUACAUGUUCACGGAAUUGUUCCAACUCAAUCCACACAAGCUGGUAAUGGUCGAGCGGGCUUUGGUCUUCCCUCACUUGAACAGUGGUCCUCUAGACAACAUUUCUACGCGAUGGAAGGAAAGAAAUACGAUCUUAUUUUCGUCUCUCACAAAGGCGACAUGGAUGAUAUAAAGUGCACAGACACAACAAGUGAUCAUACCUUUUCCUCCCGAUUUGCGGGAUCCUUCUCCUCCAAGCCAGGUGACCUAUUAGAUAACGACUGUGAUGGAUUUACGGACGAGGAGGUGUUGAAUGGAGAAGAUGAUGAUGGUGACGGCGAUAUCGAUGAAGACUUGGCUCUUAGGGAAAUAUUCGAACGAGGUAUAAAAGUUAAUGAACUAUUUUACGAUACAACCAACCCGUCCAAUGCUAAAAACUUCAUUAUAGUCGAUGGGUGUCAAGAGUUUAAACCGGUAACUGAAAGCAUUGGUCAUUUUACUCUGAACACGGCACUGAGCGAUGUUUUUGACGACUACUGGGUUAUUGAAACUAACCCAUUCAGCGCUUUUAAGGUAGCCGAUGCACCGUCCCUUUUCUUUGGAGUGAAAUAUGAAGUGUGUUACGACGGGGACCUGCCAACCACGUGUGCCCAACCCACGAUUGCAUCAUGCGCUUCGGCUCAGAGAAAAAGAAGGGACAUUUCUGGCGCCAUCUCUGAACACUUUGCCUCUGUUCAUGUGUCAAUUAGCGGGAACAGGACGGAUGAGUACGGUUCUUCAAAUACAAAGGAACAUAGCAAAGUCAUAACCGACGAGCACUCAUGUGAAAAAGACACCAACUUUUGGUUAUCCAUUGCUGGACUUGGCGCUAUCUCUUUGAUGGAACUGUUUAUGAUUGGUGGAAUGAUGUGGUACAAACGUCACGUGAUGAGACUGUUGCAGUAGAUGGACCCGAACAGUCGAUGAGACCUUGAUUGGAUACAGAAUAUCGGACACAUUUCUAUUUUCCAUAAUAAAAUACUACGAACAAACAAACUUUAUUGGAUCAUCUUCUAUUCUAAAAUUUAAUGAAGUUAUUUUUUGAAAUAAUACUAGUUCACCAUUUUUUUUGCAUUUAAAGAUACAAUUGCUGAAAGAAGAAAUAGUUGUAUUCCCUCAAUUAUUUUAAUCUGUACAUUUUUAACAAAUAAAUUUUAUUCUGAAAAUGAAAAAAAAUGCUAUUAAAAUAUUCCAUUUCAAAAAUCAACAUAAGAGUUAGUCCAAUUUUUGGAUAUGUUAAUCAAAUAAUCGUGUUAAUUAAAAACGCAACUUAAAGGGACCCGCUCAUGUCUUUGGACCAAAACUUAGUUUUCCCGGUUAUGCAUCUUCAAUCAUAUAUGCUAUCAUUAUUUUACUCCAUGAUGUUGAAAUUGUAUGAAAAUACAAUUAUAAUAUUAAUAUCGGUUUUAGUGAUAUGCAAUCCCACGCGGGUAAAAAGUCAAAAACAAAUAAGAAAAUCGACGCCUUAACCACUAGGCCACCGGGGGAUAUGAAUGAGAGGGAUAUAUUGACCUUUUAUAAAUACAUUUAUAGCAGCACGUGAUGAUGUUAAUCAAUCGAAUCACGCAACAACGAAUCGUUCAAAGCCGAUUUAAUCGCAAAUAAAAUCGGCGUAUUUCAGGAUAUCAUUUGAGCAAAUGUCAACGUUUGCUGAAGGAAUCCAGGAUUCGUUGUACAAGUGUUAACACUUCUCAUGAUUUGCCACACUUUAUUUCGUAAAAAAAUAAAUUUAACAUGAGCAA